GCGGGGCGGCGGCGGGCUCCAGUCCGUGACGCGCGCCCGCCCCGAGUGCAGUCCAGGCUGACCGUCGCCACCAUGCCCGUGCUGGAAUGUCCGCCCGAGUUCAAGCACGAGCCGAAUGCGCUGUGGCAGAUGCGGCUCAUAGGACCGCAAAUGUCAGCUGACGAGGGGUAUCGGCUCAUUGCCAACUGUUAUGACGAGGACUUUGCGGCCGGCAACUACGACGCGCCGCGGCUGGUGUGCGAGGCCGUGAACCGCAUGUACCCGAAGGAUGGCUCGGUACCCCGCGACGAGCUGAAGGUGAUGGACAUCGCUGCUGGUACCGGACUCGUCGGCCAGCAGUUGUACGACGAAGGAGUUCGCCACCUGGACGCGAUUGAUCCUUCCCAGGAGAUGAUGGGCGUCGCUAUGAAGAGAGGCAUCUACGGGAAAUACAUCGAGGACACCAUAGGGGAGCACGAGACCCAGGUCAAGGCCGACACGUACGAUGCCGUGGUCGUCGCCGGCGGCUUCGUGCAGGGACACCUGCCACCCGAGGCUCUGGACGAGAUGAUCCGGAUCUGCAAACCCGGCGGCUACAUCAUCAACUCGAUGCGGUUCGAGUACCUGGUGACGGUGCCGGAGUACCACCGCCUGGAGCGGCACAUGGACGACCUGGAGGAGGCGGGCAAGUGGCGCCGCGUGGACCGCCGGGUCACAGACCGCUACUUCUUCGACACCAAGCAGGGCAUCACCUACAUCUACCAGAAGUUGUGAGGCGGCUGGACGACGUCAGCGUCGCUCCAGUCGGUGGGGGCGAGUGUUCGAGCGGGCUCUCCGGGCGAGCGACCGUCGCCCGUAGUUUUGGGUCGCGGGCUGGGUUUGGAUAUAGUGCGAGCGCUGUUGGAUCGGAGCCCGCCGCGCCUGCAAGGCGAGGCCUCUCCAGGCAGCGCCGCACGGUAUGGUAGCAAGCAAGCGCAUGUGCACUGGUGGUGAGACGGGCGCCACAGACGAACCUGCCCCCAGCUGGCCCCACGAAGGGAAUGCAAGAUCUCGCCGAGGGUCUGGUUGCGAUCGUGUCUGUUUGGCAACCCGUGUACUCACGUGUCGUCUCGCAUGGUUUAUAUUCCUGCACAGCAUGGUCGCUUCCGGGACCUGUGAGUAUAUGAUAAGCGUGUCCAAUUUCCUGUCACCUGCUAACAGUACGAAUAUAACAUGAACGCA